AUGAAGGAUAUUGUGGAAAACGACAAAAUUGUUAUCACAGGAAUUUCCGGGAAGUUUCCUCAGUGUGCAAAUGUUGAAGAGUUUAAGGAAGCGCUUCUCAGUGGUGUAGAUUUAAUAAAAGAAAAUAGUCAAAGAUAUCCAGCGGGUGUUAUGGGCGUUCCAAAAAGAAGUGGUGUUCUUUUGGAUAUAGAUAAAUUUGAUGCAUCCUUCUUCGGUAUUCAUCCUAAGCAGACAGAUUUUACAGAUCCUCGACAUCGAAUACUUCUAGAAACAGUAUACGAAAGUAUUAUUGAUGCUGGUUAUAAUCCAGCAGAACUUAGAGGCUCUAAAACUGGAGUCUAUGUCGCAAUAGGUAGCUUCAAUUGCUAUGAAGAAUUUCAUAAAGAAAAAAGCACCAAUGGCUAUACUGUUAUCGGUGCUAACUUAUCUGUAGCUGCUAACCGAAUUUCAUACUGCUUUGACUUUAAAGGUCCAAGCUUUGCUAUGGACGCUGCAUGUUCAAGUAGUACUUAUGGUUUUGUCUGUGCGAUUAAGGAUAUGAUGUUAGGAGAAACUGAUAGUGCCAUAGUCUGUGGUACACACUUAUUUCAACAUCCCUUUGAAACAGCGGAGUUUAUGAGGCUAAAUAUGUUGUCACCUGAAGGUAAAUGCAAGGUUUUCUCAACUAACCGAGAUGGAUAUGUACGAGCAGAAACGGUAGUUAGUUACUUUUUACAAAGAGAGAGUAAAAGUAGGCGAAUAUAUGCCACUGUCCUUGCAGCUAAGUCCGCUACGGAUGGUUUUAAAGAAGAAGGAAUUACUUAUCCCUCUAUCGAGGAACAAUUUAUCUUAAUGAGAAACUUAUACGAUUCUAUCAACGUAGAUCCAGAUGCAAUUCAGUAUGUCGAAGCACACGGAACAGGUACUCCCGUUGGUGACAUAAUUGAAUGCGAAUCUCUUAGAAAACAUUUCUGUCAAAAAAGAAACGAACCCUUACUUAUUGGAUCCGUCAAAUCAAACAUGGGUCACUCCGAAGUUGCUUCAGGAUUGUGUUCUUUAACAAAAGCAGUUUUUGCUAUGGAGGAAGGCAUAAUACCAGCAAAUAUCCAUACUGAAUUCUUAGAUAGUACCCUGCCUGGAGUAAAGGAAAACCAGUUGAAGGUUGUUACAAAAAAUACUAAAUUCAACGGUGGAAUUAUCGGAGUAAAUUGUUUUGGAUUUGGAGGAGCAAAUACGCACAUUGUUAUUGAUUCUAACAAAAAAGAAAAGUCUGCUAUCGUAUAUAAAAGACCCAAAAAUCGUUUAGUUCAGGUCUCUGGAAGAACAGAAGAAGCAGUAUUACAUUUUUUAAAUGGUGUGGAGAAGAACCAGGACGACCAAGAAUUUUUAGCCAUGGUAGAUGAAAUUCAUAAACUUAAUGUAAAGGGACAUAAUUACAGAGGUUAUACGGUAUUAGGAGAACAUCAGAUUAAAGAAAUUGGAAAAUAUAAUAAACAGCGACCAAUCUGGUUCGUAUACACCGGCAUGGGAAGUCAGUGGAAUAAAAUGGGUAGAGAUUUAUUAAAUAUUCCUAUAUUUAAAAGCACUAUAAAUCGUUGCGCCAAAGCUUUAGAGCCUUAUGGUGUCGAUUUACUUAAUGUUAUCACAAGUGAAGAUCCCAAAGUAUUCGAUAAUUUUACCAAUCUCUUUUCUGGUAUAGGAAGCAUAGAAAUUGCUUUAACAGAUUUAUUGCAUUCAUUAAAUAUUUAUCCGGAUGGAAUAUGUGGACAUUCUUUAGGUGAAGUUGGUUGCAGUUAUGCUGACGGCCAGAUUUCUGUCGAACAGGCAGCUUUAUUAGGUUACGCAAGAGGAUACGCUGCAUCCAAUAGUUCUAUAAUCCCAGGUCAAAUGGCAGCUAUUGGAUUAAGUAAAGAAAAAGUCUCCAAGAUGCUUCCAGAGGGUAUUUUUAUUGCUUGUCAAAAUGCUAAAGAAAGUGUAACUAUAUCAGGGCCCCUGGAAAAAACUAAAGCUUUUGUUGAACAAUUGUCAGCGCAAGGAAUAUUUGCAAAAUUGGUAAAUUCAGGAGGAAUUCCGUAUCAUACGAAAUACGUGAAAGAAGCUGGAGAGUUAUUAUUAGACUUUUGUAAACUAGUUUUACCUGAUCCUAAACCACGAAGUGAGAAGUGGAUAUCAAGUUCUGUCCCUGAGUCCAAAAAGCACGAAAAAUGGGCACAAUUAAAUUGCGCUGAAUACCAUCACAAUAACUUUUGUAACACAGUGUUGUUCGAUCAAGUUUUUAGUCAUAUACCUGAAAAUGCAAUUGUUAUAGAAGUUUCUCCGCAUGGUUUAUUGCAAGCAAUAUUAAAACGAGAAAUGGGACCAGAAGCUACUCAAAUAUCUAUUACCAAUAGGUCGAGUGACGAUAAUGAAAAAUUUUUCCUGUCAGCCAUAGGGAAAUUCUAUCUUGCUGGUGGACAACCAAAUCUGAGAAAAUUAUAUAACGAAGUUAGCUUUCCCGUCAGUCGUGGAACAAAAAUGCUGUCAUCUCUCGUAAAGUGGGACCAUAGUGUAUCAUGGUUCAGUAAAAGAUAUGAACACAAAAGCUCUUGUGGUAUAUCAGUAAAUGUUAGCCUAUCAGAUGAAGAAUAUGCUUAUAUUGAGGGCCAUCAAAUAGAUGGAAGAAUUUUAAUGCCUGCAACUGGAUAUAUUGAUUUAAUCUGGAACAUCGUUGCGGACUUUAACUUGAAAAAUAAAGAGGAAUUACCGAUUGUAAUGGAAAAUAUUAAAUUUAAACGAGCAACCAUUGUAACACAUGGAGAAGGAGUAACAUUCACUAUAACUAUAAUGAAACAAUCAGGAUAUUUUGAAAUUUUCGAAAGUGGAGCUGUGGUUUGUACAGGAUAUGUACGAAUUCCCAAAGACGUAUCAUCAGAAUUUAAAGAAAAUGACGUUUCAAAAGUAUCCAAUAGUAAAGAAAUCACUUUACAAGAACAUGAGAUAUAUCAAGAGUGUCAGCUAAGAAGAUACAUGUAUAAGAACUAUUUUAGAGGAUUAAGUGAAUGUGAUUUAAAUGGUCGCAACGGCAAACUUCAGUGGAAAGGAAAGUUUGCCAGCUUUUUUGAUACGAUGCUGCACAUAACUAUAAUUGGAAUAUAUUCGAGAGAAUCCCUUCUUCCAACUAGUAUUCGACAGAUAACUGUAGAUCCCAUAAAACAUUUGCAAAUGGUCGAGAAGAAUAAGAAAGAGCUACUCAUAACUUUUAACCCUUGUCAAAGUCUAAUAAAAUCCGGAGGCAUAGAAAUUAUUGGAACAGAAUAUUCCAAAGCACCACGUCGUCAACACACGCAAGAACCCCCGUAUUGUGAAAGUUACAGUCUAGUUAAUUACAGCAGAACUGAUAGAAACGAGUAUGACUUAGAAACUGCCAUGUCAAUAGCGAUGCAAAUAAUCUUGCAGAAUAACACAGGCACGGUAAAGCAGAUAAAGAUUUGUGAAAUUAUAACAACUCAAGGUAAUGCAGAAAUAGAUCCUUGUAUUAAAAAUAUUAUGGCUAAACAAGUACUAAGUAGAAUCGAGUACUUCAGUAGUCGCUUAGAAAAUUUAAAAAACAAAUUUCAAGCCAUUAUUGUCAAUGAAAAAGAAGUAAAGCUCGAAGAUUUAAAUAAAGUUGUACAUAAUCUGACAGAAAAUGGUUUUAUUAUAUUUAAGGGUACCUACAAAAAUGCUAAGCAAUCAUCCUUGGAAGUAAUUUUUGAGUCAAUUUUUGGUAAUGACAAAAUGUAUCUUUUAAAGCCAACCUCUGCAUUAUCAAAAAAUUACGCUGUAUUAAAUAUAAGCAACACAAACUUGGAUUGGUUGGAAAAUCUAAAGAAUUUAGGUAAAACUGACGAAGAAAAAACAGUAUACUUAGUCAGUGAAAACGAAGAUUUUAGCGGAAUAAUAGGCUUAACCAAAUGUUUAUUAACUGAAACUACUAAAUUAAGAUUCCGUGCGUUUUUAAUUGAUCAACAUGCGAGUAAGUUUGCCGUAGACGAUCCUUUCUAUAAAAAUCAACUUAAAAAAGAUCUUACCUUUAAUGUUUUACAAAACAACAACUGGGCUACUUAUGUACAUUUACCUUUAAAAGAUUUAAAUAAGCAAAAUGUUGGAAAUGCUACUGUGAGUAUAAACACCCUCGGUGAUUUGUCAACAUUAGAAUGGACUGAGAUGCACUUCGAGGGCAGGAGGAUAAGUGAAGAAUCUGAAUUAGUUUAUGUAUAUUACUCAGCCCUCAACUUUAAAGAUGUGAUGAUUGCUCUUGGUAAGAUUCCCAUAGAUUGUAAUGAUAUUGUUCCCACCAAAAGUUCUGGCAUAGGAUUGGAAUUUUCUGGAGUAACGGCUAGUGGUAAACGAAUAAUGGGUUUUGUUAAUGGUGACGGGUUAGCAUUGCAAGUUCAAUGUGAUCCAUACUUUACUUGGGAAAUACCUAACGAAUGGACCUUACGUGACGCGUGUACUAUCCCUUGUGUUUAUGCAACAUGUUACUAUGGUUUAAUUAUAAGAGCGCAAAUGCAGCCUGGGGAAUCUAUCCUAAUACAUGCUGGAACGGGAGGAAUUGGAUUAGCCGCUAUAAAUAUUGCAUUGUCCAUGGGUUGUGAAGUAUACACUACCGUCAGUACGAAAGAAAAGAAGGAAUUUUUGAAAAGUAUUUUCCCGUCAAUUAAAGAUAAAAAUAUAGGGAAUUCACGGGAUGCGUCUUUUGAAACAAUGAUCAAUAACAACACAAAUGGAAGAGGUGUCGAUUUAGUACUAAAUUCGUUGGCAGACACUUUGUUUCAAGCAUCAGUAAGAUGUGUAGCUCCAGGAGGAAGAUUUAUAGAAAUUGGCAAGGUCGAUUUAAUGAAUUCCUCGCCAAUACCGACUAGUAUGUUUCUUAAAAUACAUGUUUCCACGGAGUUCAUCUUGACAAAUUAUUUAGUUUUGAUAGUAGAUCACAACGUCAAGUACAACAACUCGUAGCAAAAGGUAUCGCUGAUGGCGUUGUAAAACCUUUACCAAGUAUGUUGUUUGAGGAGAAUGAAGUAGAGUCGGCAUUUAGAUUUCUAGCGUCUGGUAAACACAAAGGAAAAGUAUUAAUUGAAAUUCGUAAAGAGGAACUCUAUUCUGCAAGUACACCUAUAAGAUCAAUACUCGCAACUCCAAAAGUAUGUCUCGACCCUCAGCAAUCCUAUAUUGUAAUAGGAGGUUUAGGUGGAUUAGGAUUGGAGUUGACUGAAUGGUUAAUUCAAAAAGGAGCCACUAGGAUUGUGUUGAAUUCCAGAAGAGAUAUACUGAACGGAUUACAAGCUUAUCAUUUUAGGAAGUGGUCAAAUUAUAAGAAUAUUAUAGUAAUCGUAAAUACUAGUGAUACUAGUACUGAAAAAGGAGCUGAGAAUCUCAUUACAUUUGCCCAACAGUUAGGUCCAGUUGGAGGUAUUUUCCACUCUGCCUUAGUAUUGAGAGACCAAUUUUUCUUGGACCAAACUAAAGAAACCUUCCAAGAAGUAUUUAAGCCUAAAAUCUUAUCGGCUCAAAAUAUUGACAAAUGCAGCAGAAAACUUUGCCCGGAUUUAAACUACUUUGUAGUAUUUUCGUCUAUUGCUACCGGAAGAGGAAAUAUUGGACAAAUUAACUACGGAAUGGCUAAUUCAGCUAUGGAAAUGUUAUGUGAGAAACGUAGAAGAGAAGAGCUACCCGCUGUGGCUAUUCAAUGGGGACCCAUAGGCGAGGUCGGGAUUCUACAAAAAAUGGGAAUUGAAGACAGGGUAUUCCAUGACAUCUUACCUCAAAAUUUAGAUUCUUGCUUAAAUACCUUGGAAAGGUUUAUGGUAGACAAGUACGUUAUAGGAUCUAGCGUGGUGAUCAGUGAGAGAGAUGACCAAAUAGGCAAACAGAAGACCAAAACACCAGUAGAAGCAGUAGCUCACAUUUUAGGAAUAAAAAAUCUUGACACAAUCGAUAAGUCUAUGACUUUGUCACAACUUGGUCUGGAUUCUCUAAUGGUAACAGAAAUUAAACAAACUCUAUAUCGAAACUUUAAUAUAGAUAUAAGUCCCGAAGAAAUUCGAGAACUCACAUUAAAUGCCCUCGAUUCUUCAGAUUCUAGUAAAACAGAAGAUAUUUCUUUUGGUGUACAAGUUGAAGCAAAUACAUACCUUGUAGCCGAUGAUCCUUUAGUCAAAUUACGUGAUUACAAAAGUUCGAAUACAAAUAUUUUUGUAAUUCAUCCAAUCGAAGGCCAUGUUAAUAUGUUAAAACCACUUGGAAGUAACUUAAAUGCCACAGUAUAUGGUCUUCAGUGUACAAGUGAGACUGCGAUGAGUACUAUGAACGAUUUUGGGAAGUACUUUAUCAAAAAAAUUAAAGAAAUUCAACCUAAAGGACCUUACAAUUUAUGUGGAUACUCAUAUGGAUGUGCUCUAGGGACAGAAAUUGGAAUACAGCUAGAGAGUGCCGGUGACCAAGUUGACAUAGUAUAUAUUGAUGGUUCACCAUCAGUGGUCCAUGAAAUUCUCAAAGCUACGCAUAUGUCGAAAGGAAAUUCGAUUGAGAAUUCUAGGGAAGCUAUUUUGGAGAAUUUUUGUAUGACAUUUCCUCAAAUAGAACAAAAAGAGAUAAUAACAUGCUUAAGUAAUGAGAAGGGUUUGGAAAAAAAACUGCAGAGUUCGAGUGAAUUAAUUUCAAAAGUAACAGAAAUAGAUCAAUUAAAAAUUUUAAUAUCAGCAAAGUGUUUGAUUCAACGAAUAGAAGCAGGAUUCUUCUAUAAACCAUCCAAGAAAUUAUCAGGAAGAAUUCUGUUAAUAAGAAGAAUUGAGAAUCCAUUUAGUACGGAAGAUUAUGAUUUAAACAAAGUAUGUAAUCAGGCACCGCAGAUAGAAAAAAUUGAUGGAGAUCACAAAACUAUACUUUUGGGAAAUAACAUACAAAAAGUGUCAGAUAUAAUAAACAAUUUUUUUAAACUAUAA